UCGAGGCAAGAACAUUGCCGUGCCACAUAGUUUGACAUGCACAGCCGGACAAUUUGACAUCGCAAUCUAAAAUCGAGUGUGAGAAGUCGGGAAUCGGAAACGGAAACGGAAUCGGAGGAGAUGCAGCUUCCUUUGGUGGCGGAUUUGUGCUGAGCUGUGCAGCUGCCUUCCUGGAGAGACCUCAUCCGUUUUUUGUCGUCGUCGUUGUUGUUGUACAGUUUUUCCGCCGUGGAAUUUGUCCAAGCGGAAAAGCGAAAAGAAGCAGCACCGCGAAGCCCUCGAAGUGUCGACGAAAAUCGUUAAAAAAUAGAAAAACACUCGGCGACUAUGUCACGACGCGCUUGAAGACCCCCAUCCGCUUCGAGGGAGAUAUUGAGAUUGAGCGAGAUCCAAGCCUCAGCGGGCACUACAUCGCCACCCACUCUAUCCAUCCAAACCUUUACACUUCAUACUCAGGAUUCGCAUGGACAAAGGCACAAUGAAGCGCAAGCAGAGGAGAUACAGAACCACAUUUAACACCCUGCAGCUGCAGGAGCUGGAGAGGGCUUUCCAGCGGACCCACUAUCCGGACGUAUUUUUUCGGGAGGAGCUGGCCGUGCGGAUCGACUUGACGGAGGCACGGGUGCAGGUGUGGUUCCAGAACCGGCGGGCCAAGUGGCGCAAGCAGGAGAAGAUCGGUGGUCUGGGCGGCGAGUACAAGGAGGGAGCGCUGGAUCUCGAUGUGGCCUACGACGAUAGUGCUGUGCUCGGCCAACUGGACAGUGCGUUGGGUGGCGGCGGAACUCUACUGCCGGACACCCCUCCGCAAUCCUCGAACUCCCUGGAUAACGAACUAAAGGCUUCCUAUGGCACAGGGGCCAUGUCGCCCUCCAGGCUAUCACCGAAUAUAUUCCUCAAUCUCAACAUUGACCACCUGGGACUGGAAAGAGGUGGCAGUGGUCUCUCGAUGGAGUGGUCCACCUAUCCUCCGCCUCAAACGCAAGCGCAGACACAACCGCAGAUGGACCCAGAGAAUCACCUCCAGCAGCAGCACCCGCCACAACAGCUUCAAAUCCAUCCGAACCACCAUGAGAACUCGAAUCCUCACCACCACCAGCAGCAGCAGCAUAAUGGCCAGCAUCAUCAGGGUCUCGAGUUCGCCGCCUCCAUGAACUUGGACAUGGCCGAUGGUUCCUCCGCCUACGACGAGAUGAAGUUCCUCAGCGUGGACGUGGACCAGUUUACGAUCGACAGCUUCAAGGCGGACUGCAUUCUAAGCAUGGAGCAGUCCCAGAUGCAGCCAUAUGUGGGUCACUCCCAGCUGGUCGGGUCCGCUAAUGAACUGUGUCUCGAGGGGAUCGGCAUGUCCGCGUUUGGAAUGGAAGAGGGCGAGCCCAAGACGCCCCCCUCACUUUUGGUGCUGGACAAGACGCUGCCCUCUUUGAGCAUUGGAGUCGAGGGAAUCGCUGAUCUUGUGGAGCAACUGCAUCAUCAGCAGCAUGAGGGUGGGCCAGUGGGCGGCGGUGUCAUCACUAGCGACGUUUUGUGAAUCCAACUUAGGUGAAUUCUUUGCUUAGUUAAACGUAAACUUAAUCCAAUUGUAGCUUUAAUUUAAAUUGCUCCAUCUUGUGGUGGAAAUGUUGGUGGAUAUAGGGGGAAAUGGAGUGUGAAGCCUGUUCUAGUUCUGUUCUUGUUUUCUAGUCAAUGUUAAUGCCCAAGUUCAAGACCAUACAAGGUCGCCACACUUGAAUUCAAAUACUUUAAAAAAUUUUAAUAUUAAAGCUUAGAUUUUCUAACAGAUUACUUUAGUCCUUGAAAUUUCUCUAGAUUAGUGUAAUCUUAAAAAUUCCAGCCAUGAAAACGUUGUUUAUCAUAAGAGAAUCUGUAAAUUAAUGACUAAAUAU